CCACAUUGGGUUUUGGGUUUUCCGGGAGAGGUUUUAAUGAGGCAACGUUAGCACAUUACAAGCCCGAUAUGGUUAUGGCAUCCAAGGGGGAGUGUUAUAAAUCCAUGAUAUGGAUAUGUGGAUUGCCAUUAACCAUCAGGGAGGUUUACAUCCGACCAGACUAUCCGGUCCGUCUACACCCGUCUCCGGUUCGUCUCAUCCGUCCAAGACUAGUCAAGAUGAAGACUCAUUCAACCGGAGCAUUUAUGAGCUUUGACCAAGUCUAGAUAUUUGUGGUCAAUAUGUAAUAAAUGUGUAGAUACUCUCCUUUGUUGUAAACCCUUGGAACCUCCAUUAUAUAUUGAUAGUGAGAACUAAUGAGAAAGACACAACUUUCACAACAACAUUUCUCUCAUAUUUCUAACAUAAACAAUGGAAAUUUUAACUACGAAAGGAGUCCCUCUGCCAGGCUGCCACCACAACCAUAUAUAUACAGAUAUAAUAUAAAGUUUACGUCCACAUUAAACAACUGCGAGAAAGUGUUCUAGGGUUUUUGUCCGAAUCUCAAACAGAGAAGGUGGUGUUCUAGAGUUUUGUCAGAAUAUCAUGGUUCUUAAACCUUGCUCAGAGACAGACAGAGAGUCGAGCAACUUGGAGGAAGAGAGCGAUGGUGAGAUUGAAGAAGACAGGAUUGAGGAAAGCGAGGAUGAUAAGAUAGAUCUCUUAGAGGUGCCGGAGUGGGAUGUGGACAGCUUCGAUGGUGUAGUGUAUACUUCCUCUUCCGAGCCUGACCUUCCCCCACGUUACCAGCCUUAUGAAAACAUGGAGAAUGCUAAAGAACACUAUCGCAUCUAUAAACAGCAGCUCAUCACCAGCAAGGUAUUAAUCUUCUUCUUUUUUUUUUUGCUUUGAAUGUGAACUUAAAACCCCAUAGAAUUAAGUAGACUUAGACGGUGAUUCUUGUGCGAUUCAUGGUGGAUCCAUCGCUUAGGCCAAGUGAUAGGUACAAAGGAAUCAAACCGGUGAGUUUCGACGAUGGAGGGGCUAACUCCAAAACCUUCCGAGAUUACUGUGAAGAGAUGGCCAUCAUAUGUCUUGAAAGACACAACCAAGACAAGGAUUCAAAUGUGGAGUUUGUUGAAGUGGUAAGAGGAAACUAUCGAGGAGGCCCGAGACCCAAGUCAUACAUUACAUUCAUGGCCAGGGAGAAACCGGAUGGACCUCUUGUUGAGUACCAAGCCAAGGCUAUGGCUACUCUUGACAGAAAGUUUCAUCCCAUCCUCUGUAGACCGGCUCCUACUAAUUAAGGUAUAAUAUGGGUUUGCUCUUAGCCAGUUUUAGAUUAAUCAAACGUAUUUAGAUGUUUAUGUCAUAUAUUAUCUAAAUUUAAAUGAUCUAGUGGCUGUAAUGUUUUAACGUAUGAGUCUGUUUAUGCCUUGUAAUCAUGAUUCUAGUAGACUUUUGUAACAUAUUUUAACUUGAGCAAUUUGUACGAUGAUUAUGUGUUUUGUCAUGUGGAUCAUGACUCCUAGCACUUAAACCUUUGAUUUUACCUUUUCAUGUUGUACCAUAUUUGAUGGAGUUCCAACUUCUAAAAUGUUUCUUAUGGGCUUUAUAAACUAAAAAAGAGUUGUUUCAUCAAAUACUUUGAAUAUCAGUAAAAUCUGUAAACGUCAUAAAAAGUUGGAACACCGAACAUGUAGCUAGAUGCACCAUUACAAAAUGCCAUAAAACAUAAAGAUCUCAUGGAGAAUUCAGUAGCAAAAUAGAGUGAAAUAUAGCAAAAAUAAAGCCAUCUCUAAUAACAAAAGGCCACAUUAAUCUUUUGUACAAAUGAAAACGAGAGUUGACAGAACUAGUUACCAGAGUUCCAGAAACCGAGAAAGGAAA